AUGCAGUUACUUUCAGUCGAAGAAGUUGAGGUUCCGGAGGUACUAAUGACGCCCCAACCCGCCUCUGGUCCUCCGGGGCAGAAACGAGUGUGGUAGGUGCUGAGCAAGCCUGCCACAUUAUAAGCUGACUUUAGCUUUAGGAGACGCCCUACUAGAGGCGCACGUACUAGCUACAAUCCCAGACACGCGUGUUUCACCGGUAUUCUGCCGCUGCAUGGCAUAGCUGCGAAGGGUCCGGCUUUUCAGUGGGUCCCCCAGCAUUCAUGCAUUCACUUUCAGUCUGCACCUAUAGACUCUAGUAUAAACUGAUCUACUCCAAGUUAACAGUUAAUUUCUAAGGAAACUAAAAAGCAACCAUAAACUGAUUGCUGACAAAGAGAAGGGAGGCUGGAAUGGCCAUUUUUGGCUGAGUAGCCGUCAUAACCCAGCCAUAUCCAAUCACGGUUUUUCGCAAAACCUAGCCAACGGAAUGCGGGUUCGAGCCUCGUGAGUCCCGAAAACCCUGAAUUCAAUAUGGCUGGCUAAUGAUGGCCAAUAAAUCAGAAAUGUCAAGUUGGCGAACACGCGUUUUCUGUAAUUCUUCGUCAGGCCAAUACAAUUACAUGAAGGAAUGAAAAUGUACAAAAUCAACAGUGUUUAUAGGUGUCUCCAGGGGCUAUUAAGUCAUUAACACUCAUCUUCCCCACGCCGCCCGCAUGACAAGGUCGGCGGGUGUUGGUCCGCAGACCUAGGGGAGGGGGGUAAGUGAGUCUUUGAGUGAUGUUCUCGGAUUGAGUACACGGACUACCCAUCACUGUAAUUAGGGAUUUGAGGCGGCAUGUCCUCAUCACUUGGGGUUGGCGUUGGUCACGGCAGAGAGAGCGCUUGUGUCAGGGUUUUCUGACAACAUAACACCGGAUUCGCUAGUCGUAUAGCUACUGCCUCGGCCGUUGCUAGUAUCCGUUGGCGUAGGCCUUUAGAGAAACAUGUUGGUAUCCGGUAGACAACCUGAAAUGCUUCCUUGGCAUCGACUCGGUGAUUCGUAUCGACAAGAUGUGCGAGAAUAGAACUCGAAACGGACCGGAUCUCACCUCUAUCUAGCCAGGCGGGCAUAUGUUCACGCACUCGCUUUACCAGGCGUCUCGUUGUACAGCCGAUGUAUCCCGCUCCACAGGAGCAAGUGAAUGAAUAAAUGCACACUGAUGUGGCCUCCAACGGUAGUCUGUCUCUACCCCCCAAACGUAGGAGGGGAGAUUUUGUGAAGCAUACGCGUAAAUUCGCCGCUGGGAAUGCCCUCGUGAUAGCUGUAGUUAAGCGCCGUCUGACUAGUUCGCUCUCCGCGUCUCCAGCAAAAGGCAAUCUUAUGAAUACAUCUUUCUUCUCCGCAGUCGCAACAGUGGGCUUUUCGGCGCGUUCCCCAAUCAGAAACGGCCGCUGCUAUCUCGCUUAUCUUUGUGGGCAGUCUCAUCCUAUGUGUUAUACUAGUCGCUACACGACUGCUUGCGGGACUCUAGAUCGAGCUCCAGAUGAAUAACAGGACGAGUGAGUCCCCAAAACUUUCGCUGAGCGUCUGUCUACCAUUGUCAUUACAAUUUAUCCUGCGUUCACUGUUUCGUGGAGCACACAGUGGACGUCAUUGCUCUUGAUGGUCGGUCUGUUGCGACAUUCGAAAACAGUUUCCCUCGCUCAGCAAGCCUUCCUGAGUUCGACACUAGAUCUCGUGAUGUGCUGCACUUCUUCCGGAUGGGACCACCGACAGACCCGCUUAUGUAAAAGUGGACGGUUGGUGACCGGGAUUUAGUGGUAGAUCAAGUGGAAACCCUCAAUCAUAUCACUAAAAACAGUAUUUUGACUUGGUUUCUAAAUCCACUGCUAUCACUCCUUCCCCAUAGCGACGAUUUUCGCGGUCCUUGAUGUCAUCUUCCACAUUUUGACCUCAAGCCUUCUGUCUACGUUCCUGGUGGAAGCCUCAGUAUUCGCCGUCUACUAGUAGUUUGGUCGUACCUCCCUUCCCCACUCCUCGGCUGGGCUCGAAGCGUACUGUGGCCGAUAGCGUCUGGGUUCCUCUCGUCUGGCCUCUUUGACGCGAAUUGUCUCGUUCGGCGUAUCAAUUCGGCCUUGAGAAUGUGAAUUCUGAAUCCCGUAUACAAUAGCACAUGCAGGCCAGUCCUGUCUGACCCGCAUACGUGCCCCUGAAGGCUGACAUUUAUUUCUACCCAGACAAUGUCCGAUUAUAAUCAAGGCUGACAUUCAUUUCUGCCCUGACGAUGUCCGAUUAUAAUCCGUUAUAUACCGCCACAUGCAGGCCAGUCCUGUCCGCCAUUCUGUUUUAUUAUUAGCGAGGGUUUUUUCUCCUGUAAAGUUAAUCCAAUCAUUUUUAAAUUUUAAAAUUGCGUUUUUUUUUUCACCGCUCGCUCGUCAUUUUUCUUAACGGACUACAAAUUCGGAAACUAUGAAUUGCAUUUUGUACAGAUUCUGUCUACUUCGUCUAAAAUUCCUAUGUAAAUUUAUUUUUACUUGCUUUGAUGGGACCUCGACGAGUCUUUAAUAAAAAAAUUAUUAUUACUAUAUGCAAUACUAGUCACUAUACGACUGCUUGCGGGACUCUAUAUCAAGCUUCAGAUGCACAACAGGACGAAUGAGUCCCGCAACCGUUCGCUGAGCGUCCAUCUACCAUUGUCACUACUACUUAUCCUGCGCUCACUGUUCCGUGGAGCACACAGUGGACGUCAUCGCUCCUGAUGUUCGAUCUGUUGCGACAUUCCCUCGCUCAACAAGUCUUUCGGAUUUCGACAUUAGAUCUCAUGAUGUUCUGCAGUUCUUCCAGAUGGGCCCACCGACAGACCCGCUUAUGUAAAAUGGACGUUUAGUGACCUUUGAACACGUACAAUGUGAGUGGAGUCGGUAACAGUUACUCUUCGGGGGGCUACCUACUUGCAGAUUAAUCAAUUUAGGGGAACUGCAGGUCAGAUCAGAUCAGAUCAGAUUUAUUAAGGGAAAGAUAGGCGAGCGCCUUUGAACUCCCUUUUGGUUGCAAUAACGUCAUAAAAAACAAUGUGUAAGGCAAGUGUGAAAAAAAAAUUAGGUAAGUAAUUACAUACAUCAAGCAUUGGUCACUGGUAUGAAUUUGUCUGUGAAUGCCUUCUAUGUCAACAUUUUACAAUAUCCAGUACGGUACUGAAUGGACCAAAUAAUAUCGAAGAAAGCGCAUAUGUGGCGGUCAGGAGAUAGUAAACAUUGUAAAACGUAAUGUUACUGAAAUAUAGGGAGUAGCAUGCUUUGUAACAUAAAAACGUUGGGUCUAUCGCUAACCUGCCCAAAAUAGGCCCACUUGUGUCGCGCAUAGUAGAUUUCGGCGAGCCGAUCCUGCCAUUGUUGUAUAACCAAGCAUGCAUGUUUUGCAGGGGUACGGACAGGACCGUCGCCUUAUUGAGGAGUAUCCAAUGCGAUUUUGACGAAAAACCCCAACAUGGCCGCUAAACUAAGUUAAACAGAGCAGUGAUUUUGCAAACUAACUCACGCGCAAGUCACCGUCCCUGCUGUCAUCCUGAUGUGAAGCACACGAUGGAUAUCGUUGAAACCUCCUGUCGAUGGUAGCAGAGCAACGCACGAAUUGUUCGGGAUUUCAGUCGAGGGGCAGGUUCCCCAAAUGGGCUGACUCACAGUUGCGUUGGGCCGAGACAGAAAUCUCAUCGAUUAAUCGGCUAAAGGGGCUGCGCUCGCUGGUCACCGGACCCAGCCUCAUCCACGUAGAGGUCACUGGUGUGUGAUAAAGGGAAGAGAGUGAGGCCGAUGCUGAGGUACUCCUCAUUUAUCCACUGACCAUCUUCAGGUUGCUAGGUCCACGAAAACAAUAAAUUUUAACUUUGAAGAACCCACGUGCAUCAUAAAUGUCUAGCAGUUUACCAAGCUCGUCGUUGACCUUUCCAAUACUGUGUUUCCUACCGAUAUCGAGGUGGGUACGCGCGUCGGUGUAGAUCGCACGAAAUACCAAGCGCACACGUCACUCUCUUCGCUGACGAUAUCAAACUGUGGAAAGUUGCUCACAAUACUUCAGACGAAGACUGCCUGCUAACAAACUUGAACUUUCUCAAGGACUGGUCGAAGCGCUGGCUUAUACGCUUUAAUGUAAGCAAGUGCAACCUUCUUAAACUCGGUAGCUGUUGAGUCUCCAGCCCGAGGACUUACUUUCUGAUUGAUGCACCACUGCAACUAGUUGAUGGUCAAAAGGACUUGGGCGUCUGAAUUACAUCUUCGUCCAAACCAGCACUAGACUGUACGAAGAUGGUCAAUUCAGUCAUGUCUUCAUUACAACGCAUCAGGCGGUGUUUGACGAAAACGGCUUCUUAAAAAUACUUGGAACAUUCGUGCGGCCGCAUCUGGAGUAUUGCCAGAAUGAUAUGGUUGACAACGUAGGGCUUUCCAAAUGAGCAGUUAGGGAAGACGGGUUGGGCUCGACAACCUUUACUGGCGUGUAAGGGCGUAUAAGUGCCUCCGAAAUCAGUCGCCACAAGCUGUCUCUCCAGGCUCGUUGUUGUGUCCGCGUAUCUAUGUGCCUUUCGCUCUGUCUCAGUGUCCGCCGGCCAGUUAGAUAAGGGACAGCGUUGACUGACUAAUGACAUGCCUCGCGCGCACCAGCAGCGGAUCGACAGGGAGUGUGAGGUGGACAGGAGGGCAGAGUGACAAAGCGGCGGAGAGCAAGGAGGUGCGGACUGCCGCAGUAUGCUAUACAGGCAAUAGCGACCUUGAACCGUCAAGGACUGCGCCGUCUUCGAGUUAAUCCAGAGGUGAGCGACAAAAAGGAUCAAAGGUUUGGGGUCGCCAUCCUACGAAAACUAGCCGUUUUAACCUUAACCUCAUACAAACAUGCGCUUUUGGCGCGGUCACCCCUUCAAACUACGCCCAGGAAAACUACGGACGUGUGUCCGCAAAUAUUUCAACAGUCACCGAUUGGUUGCAGUAUGGAACGUCCUACCCACCGGGGUUAUUAAUUCCUCAUGUGCGGAUUAAUUCAAUGCCAAACUUGACCUGCUUGUAGCGUUUGACUCUUCCGCAACAUUCACCUGCCGUUGGUUCACUUUCAAAUUAACAUACUGUCGUACUAGUCGUGACUACAAGCACGAUUUAAAUUUGUAUUUUUACAUGCUUCACCCAGCUACUUGUCAUAUUCAUUAAUGAAAAUAGUCUCAUUUUCAACAUUUUAUGUAUCAAUGUUUCUUUCGAUAUUUCUGUUACCAACAUGAUGCUCAAAGGUGUAAGUCUAUACUUCCCUCAAAAACCUGCACGCAUGUAACAGUCAAAUUCUCGACCAAUCACAGCUAUCCUAACCGCCCAAUCAACCUCAAGCCCGAAUCGAACAUUACCUAACACAAGGCCCCACUGUCAGUCGGGACGCCUGACUUCGCCUGACGCCGUAUAGAAAACAGUUCUCACAGCAACCAUCCGGUGGCCCACAAACGAAGCUGUGUGAAGACGCUCUUCAAACGGAUCCAAAUUCACUGCAGCAAACCGGAGGACAGAGCACGUGAGGCCCGUUAUCUCCGCGACCAGUUUGUGCAAAAUGGCUAUCCGAUGGGCAUUCGUAUGUCGCUGCCUACGCGGUCGCCACCAGAGGACUCGAACAUAAACACCACCGACGAUAUGGCAUCCCCUGAUAUACAUCAAGGGCGUUUCAGAAGCGACCGAGCGCAUUGCUGCGGAGCUAGGUCUUGGAACUGCACACCGCCCCAAAGCCACCAUGCGCAAUAGAGUCAUGAAAAGCAAAGACCGGUUAAGCAAAAUUAUCCCUGUAACUUCGCAGGGCAGACUGGGCGCAUGCUCAGAUCGCGCAUACACGAACAUAAGCUGGCUGUGCGACGAGGUGACGCAUUAUCACAAGUGGCCGCCCACACCUACGAAAUGGGUCACGAGGUUAACUUCGCAGCCACCAAAAUAGUCACCCACGCCGGAAACAAAACAGGCCGAGAAUUGAUUGAAGUCUGGGCUUCGGAUAAGAACUCGGUCAAUCGAUUUAUCGAUCUGGUGCCGGCGUACAGAGCCCUGCGUAGUCACCUUCAGUCGUGCGCCUUCGGUUGAUGAUUGACCUACAUGCCUUACAAUUGUCGCUUGUUUUGUUACUGCUACAACCUCUGACGAUGGACUCCUGUACGAGUCUGAAAGCUCAGGACAAUAAACGAAGUGUUCCGGUGCUCGACUCUUCUUCACUUAUAGCUUCAGCUUCUCUUCUUUCUGUUCAGAGCCGGGCAUGAAGGUCGUAGUGCCUAGGGUCUGCGUUUGGCUCAAGCUGUCGCGACAGGGCCACCCAGAAACUUAACGUACGGCCUCGUGAACAAACAAAGUGGCUUCGCAGAAGCAAGCAACCGAUACCUCGAGUUAGAAUGCUUGUCCCGCCUCUCGUUCUUCUUUAUCAUCUCAAUGGCUAGACAACUUAAGCAAUAAACGCUGUCCCGAUAGGUAUGCCACGAUAAGUUCGUCAUUGGCAGCCUUUGCCUCUUUUAGGAUCCUUCGAUACAACGAGUAUCCAGAGAGUGUAAUGAGUAGUAUAUGAAUGACGGGUCACUACAGGAGCCGCAACGCUCGUGAAAGUUGGCCUACUCCACACCUACCUGACAUUCAACUGCCUUCAGCGGCUUCAUGAAACUGUGCAGUCGCGUAGUUCAGCGGUAACCACCGUACUCGUAGAACGCUGGAGCAAGCAUUUCGGGUGUACCUUCAAUCUGCGGAGAAGGCCUCGACGGACUCCAUCAAUGUGAAGUCAACAUAUACAGUGCGUGAGCGACCUCAUGAAAUGUUGGCCGAAAUCCUGAAUUACGUUUUCGAUUAGGAAGGAUUACUUAGGUGGGGUUUUAAGAUCGAUCAGCGUACGGCAUAAUUCUAUAGUAUUUCGGACUCGCUGGGAUGUCGGCUUUUGACUGCACUUCUUUUAGACCUGUAGAAACCACACUUAAUGAAUAAUGGCUGCUUAAAUAGCAUGCAUUUCUCAUGUUGAUUUUCGAUGUUCUUACAAAUUCAAAUACAUUUUAUGCAAUCCAUGCAGAAAAAUAUGCCUUUUUACUCAUUUGAUAGAGAAUCGCAUUGUCUUCAUCUGCUAUGCCCUAAGAAAGAUUAUCUUUUGGUUUUAAAAAGUUUCUAAUUAUGGUGUUUUUAAGACCAUGCGAUGUCCAUUCACACAGCGUCGCACAUGCCGGUUUACUAGUGCUCCUCAUGGAAUAUACAGCAUAGUCCGCAUCCAGUGGUAUCUUUGAGAAAUAUAUGAUUCUCCCUAUGCGGAAAGCAGGCACCUUGUAAUCCGAAAUCGCAAAACGCUAAUGCAAUUACAGAUCAAGCUAAAUAUUAUUCGAGAAUCAGGAAACUUUUUUAAAACCUAAAUAUACACUUUCUUCGGGAAUAAAACAUAAAGACAACGUGGUUUUCGGCCAAACGAGUAAAAGUAAGCAUAUUUUUCUGCAUGAAUUCUAUAAAAUGUGCUUGAAUUUAUAAGAACAUCGAAAAUCAACAUGAGAAAUGCAUGCUAUUUAAGCAGCCAUUUUUCAUUAAGUGUGGUUUCUGCAGGAGGUCUAAAAGAAGUGCAUUCAAAAGCCGACAUCCCAGCGAGUCCGAAAUACUAUAGAAUUAUGCCGUACGCUGAUCGAUCUUAAAACCCCACCUAAGUAAUCCUUCCUAAUCGAAAACGUAAUUCAGGAUUUCGACCAACAUUUCAUGAGAUCGCUCACGCACUGUAUCUUGCUUAUCCGCCGUCCCUGCUGGAGAUUGCUAGGGAAACGCCACAGAAAGAUUGCGGGACGUCGAUUCAGUUCCGGCCGCCUGAAAAAUUCGCCCGCGGUAAAAAAGUGGCUACUUCAGUAGUAUGAUUUUUCCAUUGAUUCUCGAAACCCUUAUAACUAAAUAUAUAUAUUUUAUAAACAAUAUGUACAGAAGUAUGCUUUAUUUUUCUAAUUUGGUUACAAGUCACGUCUCCUUUAAAUUUUAUACUUGGAGGAAAGGUUACUCAAGUCUUUAGAAAAUGUUUCAAUCCACGAAUAAUUUUCAGUCAGAUCUGCCGUCGUAAGAGUAUUUGAGGAUCCCAGUGUAGAAGGUGUAUAUUCCCCAUUUGAGGAAAAUCGGGCGUACUUCUGUGCGAUUAAAAAUACGUCACAUACGACUCAUGAAAUUUUGCCAUGGAUGUGAAGUAUGUUGCAUACUUCAUAAGCAACAUUAAUAAACAGGCAGGUGCUACAUUAUUUAGACGGGGUUUUACGGUCUUGAAAAGUCCCAUAAGUAAGAGCCUUGUUAAAACCGAAAUAUACCCCUUCUUCGAGCGUAAAAUUCGAAGAUGUGAUUUGCUACUAAGUCAACAAAGGAAUGCAUAUUUCUUUGCAUAUCUGCUAUAGAAUAUGUUGGAAUUUAUAACGGCACUAAACCAGACUGUCAACUCUAAACCUGUUUCCCCUUUCCUACAGGCGAUUACGUGGUGACCUUAUACUAACAUUUCGCAUUGUCAACGGCCUAGAACUGUUGUUUAGAUCCUCCUGAUUAUUUCACUUAAGCUAACACGCCCACUUUGCGCGGUCAUCCCCUAAAACUACACGCAAGGAAAGCAAGGAUCAAUGGACGAAAAAAUCUUCUUCAGUAACAGAGUGUUUGCAGCGUGGAAUGCCCUGCCUACCGAUGUUGCAAUCUCCUCCUGUGUGAAUUCCUUUAAGUGUAGACUUGGCACGUAUCAAGCUCCCAAUUACCAGCCUCACAUCCACUCACAUAACUCGACGCCACCUUAAAACGUGUUUUUACUACUUGUAAUUAGUACGUAACCGUUAAUGAUUACUCUUUUUCGACAAACUGUCAGCUGUCUGCGAUUAUGUACAAAAUCUCUUUUUCAUCUACCCACUUAUCAAUGUUGUUCUUCGACGACUUGUAACCAAUAGGGAGUUCAAAGGCGCUCGCCUAUAUUUCCAUUAAUAAACUGAAACUGAAACAAUCAGUGGAACAGCUCAUGCUAUUAAGUAGCCGUUUGGCAAGAUCUUAUUUCGUAGCCGUACCUGUUAGGGACUCGGGUUAGGUGUUAUGGGAUCGGGUUAGGGUUUAGGGUUAGGUGUUAGGGGUUAAGGAUAGGGGUUGGGGUUGGGGUUGGGGUUAGGGUUAGGUGUUGAGCUUAGGGGUUAUAAAUUGGGAUUAGGGGAUAGCGGAUAGGGUUAGGGGUUAGGCCGGGGUUUGACUACUGCAGGUACGGAAUAAGAUCUGACCAGUUUACCGGAUGAGAUUUUUGCGAACGGACGAAAUGAAGUGCAUUUACAAGCCGGCAUUCCGGUGUGAUUGAAGUAUCUUUGGAUUGUGCUGCCCGAUAGGCCAUCUUAAGUAGUCCUACCUAUUAGGGAACACAUUUCAGAAUUCCAGUUAACAUUUCAUGACAUCGGUCACUGAUUGGCCGGCAGAAUGUAGGUAGGCCAACGUCGCUGCUCAAAGCGUGAGAAGAUGUGACUAACCCCAAAAGCAGGCCGCUAACUUCAACACUUCGCAAGCCAGAAGGAAACCGACAAGCCCCGCAAUCACCGCCGGAACUUCUCUCUCAGCAGUGCCGGCAAAAUCAUUCUUCUCAUUUUCCUCAGUCGUUUGACUGAAUCAACGUGGGUUCCCAAAAUCUAACUGAAGAACCGACGACCACGAUGAUGAUGAUGAUGAUGAUGAUGAUGGUGGUGGUGGUGGUGGUGGUGGUGGUGGUGGUGGUGGUGGUGGUGGUGGUGGUGGUGGUGGGAAAUAA